AUGGUGGAGAUAACCGAUUCAACAUAUGCAAAUGUUCAACGAUGGCACAUCGACCAGAUACAAUUAAAAGACGAACGAACUGCUGGUACAUCAGAACACCAUGAAGAAGCGGAUAACCCUAGCAAUUCUCAACCUCCUGACGCUGCGGUUCUUGAAUGUCAUGAUGUUGAACAAGAAGAUGCAGUACAACCGACAGAAUCGGCAACCUCAACCAGCGGAACGCUAAGGACAUCACGACGAAAAGCAAGUCAAAUUGAUGAAACACUCUUGAUGGCUAAAAUUUGUGGUGAUCCUGUAACCAGUACGCACGCACCGUAG